AUGCUCACCCUUAAUCUUCCUCCGAAUGCACAAGCUCUAGUGAAGGGAAUUGCACCUCCACCUGACUUCGGAAAGAAGAAAGAUUUGCCAACGAAGAAAAUCACAAACAUACAGGAAGCCCAAGAGUACGGGGCCCAGAGGGAAGCAACACUUUUCGAUAAGCAAGAUGGAAAUUUUUCUGUGACUAAGGAGGGUGAUCGCUACCGAGAUGUAAGAAUAGGAACAGGAGCAGAGGUAAAACCAGGUUCUGAGGUUGAAAUCAAGUAUCGAGUGCUGAGGUUGGGAAAGAGAUCAAGGGAUGGGCUGAGUGGUGAAGCUAGCUUGGUCUUUAGCUAUGGCUACGGCGAGGAUGAUGACAAGGAGACAGACACGUUGAAAUUUGUGGUUGGUGAAGCAAACCUGAUCAAUGCGUUGAGCUCAUCCUUGCCUGGCAUGAAACAAGGAGGGCUACGAAGAAUUUCAGUUAAGCCCGAGCGGGGCUGGAAACUUGAAGAUGCAUCAUGUGUAAAGAGUGUUGACAUAGGAUCUGCCGUCGGGCUACCCGGAGGCGCCGUCACGGAAGCAGAAACAUGUCUCGACUAUUUCCGUGUUCCCUCUCCAGCCACUUUUCAGGCCAAGAGAAAACUAUCAAGACGUUUUGACGAGAAUCUUCUUAUGGAAGUUGAAGUGAUCAAGGUGUCCAACUAG